AUGGCCUCUCUCCGCAACUUGGCCCGUCUGCUUGUCCUCGCCUCGGGCGCCGCGGCAAGCCCCUUUGCCGCAGGGCCCCAGGCCUGCCCGGCCGACUCGCCAUUGUCGUGCCACAACCAGACGGCCGUCGAGAAUACAUGCUGUUUCAUCCCUACGGGACAGCUUCUCCAGACGCAGUUCUGGGACACCGACCCGGCCACCGGGCCACAAGACUCCUGGACGAUCCACGGCCUCUGGCCCGACAACUGCGACGGCUCGUAUCCCGCCCAGUGCGACGGCAGCCGCGCCUACACGGGCAUCGAGGACAUCCUGACGGGCAACGGCGCCGCCGACACCCUGGCCUACAUGAGGCGGUUUUGGAAGGACUACAAGGGCGACGACGAGAGCUUUUGGGAGCACGAAUGGGCCAAGCACGGCACCUGCAUCAGCACCCUCCAGCCCAGGUGCUACGACGGCUACAGGGCCAGGCAGGAGGCGGCCGACUUUUUCAGGACGACCGUCGACCUGUUCAAGACGCUGCCGACGUACCGGUGGCUGGAGGACGCGGGCAUCACGCCCUCGUCCAGCAGGACGUACUCGCUCGACCGGGUCCGGGGCGCGCUGUCCAGCCGGCACGGCGCCGACGUCACGCUGGGGUGCAGGGGCAAGGUGCUCAACGAGGUCUGGUACCACUUCAAUGUCCGGGGGUCGCUGCAGGGCGGCGAGUUUGUCGCUUCGGCCCCGGACGGCACCAAGGGCAAGUGUCCGUCUACGGUGCAGUACAGGCCCAAGAGUGAUGGUGCGUGA